AUGCAAAUUCCUCAAGGUCAACCAGAAUUUAGACCAAGUCGACUAACUCGAUACUCAAACUAAACGUUUUAUUCGAUGGAAAAUUGCGAUGUUUUCAACAAUCAGAUUGAAAAUAUAGACUUGAUGAUGGAUUAAAUUCCAAUGUUAUAAUAAGUGUUUGAAGUACGAUAUACAUAACAUAAAGAAAACUAAUUAUAGAAAUUUUACAAUAUGCCAAAUCAAGAAAGGAUGUUUUAUAUGAUUGAUAAGGAUUCAGGCAGAAUUUUUGACAUGCGAAUUCCAGAGUAAGCCAAGGAAAUCCAAGAAAUAAUGAAUGGUAAUACGGUUAAUUUUAUCAAGGAUUAGGCAUGGAAUGAUUUUAUAUUGUUGACCAAAAAAAUGAAUGAACACCUCUUGGACUAUGCAGAAUUGGGGGACGCACAAUCAAUAGAGACAUUAUUGAUACCUACCAUCGAAUAUUACCUUGAUGUGGAUACAAAAGGUCUGGAUGAUUGGACAGCCUUGCAUUUUGCAUCAAAUGAAGGGAAUUUGAACAUAGUGGACAUCCUCAUAAAACAUGGAGCAACAGUUGAUGCACUAACCAAAUUUUCACGAACCCCUUUCUUUUUGACAGUAAUGUAGAAUUUCAUAGAAUGUGCAAAUGUUUUGCUGCAACAUAACGCCAAUAUCAAUAGCUAGGAUAAGGAUGGCAACACUCCUUUGCAUAUUGCAUCUUAAAUGGGAUCAACAGAUAUGAUAGCCUUUCUAUUAGAGAAGAAGGCUGAUCCGAAUAUAAGAAACUCUUUCAAUUAGAAUUGCAUCCAGAUUUGUUGUGAUGCAAAUAGUUUACAAAUCUAUAUCAAAUAUGGGUACGCUCACAAUGAAGAAAGCUAUGAACGUACCAUAAUACCAGGCACUAACUUCCUCUUAAGAAAUAGUAGGUAUGAUCACGUGAUGAAAUUUAUGACUAAAGAGAAACAAACUGAAGGAUAGACUGCAAAUGCUUAGAAUUAAGUUACAAACCAAAACAAUACUAAUAAGAAAAUAUCGAAAUUCUAAAAUCUGGCUAAAUUUUAGAAUGUUAAUCUUUUGAAACAUAAGAUGACUCCAAACAUGUUCAAUUUUUAUUAACUAUUGGGAAAAGGAUCUUUUGGGGAAGUAUAUUUAGUGGAUAAAAUUGGAUCAGAAAAUAGGAAAUUAUUUGCAAUGAAAAUAUUGAAGAAAGAAAGAAUGAUGUCAUAGAACUUAUUAAAAUAUGCAGAAACAGAAAAGGAAGUAUUGAGUGUAAUGCAUCAUCCAUUCAUAGUCAAAUUGAAUUAUGCAUUUCAAACAGAAUCUAAAUUAUUUUUGGUUAUGGAUUUCUGUCCUGGAGGUGAUCUCUCCAAAUUGCUUGAUAUAAAGAGGAAGUUACCAGAAGAAGAUGCUAAAAUUUAUGUGGCUGAAAUAUUAUUAGCUAUUGAAUGUUUACAUAAAAACAACAUCAUAUUUAGAGAUUUGAAACCAGAAAAUGUUGUAUUAGAUUCGGAAGGACAUGCUCUAUUAACAGACUUUGGAUUGUCAAAGAAAGGAGUCACUGAUGAAGAAUUAAAUAAAUCAUUCUGUGGUUCACCUGCAUACUUACCACCUGAGAUAUUAUCUAAAUAGGGACACAACAGAAUGGCCGAUUGGUAUGGAUUAGGAGUGAUGACCUAUGAAUUAUUGGUUGGUAUUCCUCCAUAUUAUGCCAAUGAACGUGAAUAAUUGUUUGAUAAUAUCAGAAAAGGACCAUUAAAAAUACCAAGAAGCUUAUCCAAUGAAGCAAAACAGUUUAUUGUAGCUCUGUUAAACAGAGAUCCAAACAAAAGAUUGGGAGCUAAUCUAGAUGGUGAAGAAGUUCGAGAACAUCCUUGGUUAGCAACGAUCAAUUGGAAGGAUUGUUAUGAUAGAAAAUUAAAACCACCUAAACCAACAGAACAAACAUUUAAUAAUGUGCCAUUGAGGAUCAACUUUAUGGAUACUGAUGAAAAUAAAAAUAAGAUUACAGGAUGGUCAUUCUAUGAAGAAUCAUGA